AAAUGGGCUUUCACGCUCUCUCUGUUGCGGCGGCGCACUACUGUUCAGUUAACACCGUUGUUCGCGACCGCAGCCGGUCCCCUGCAACCCAAGUACAUUGUAAUGAGCUUGACCAUCCGAUCCAUCAACAGCCACCUGAUUGGCCAACGACAGAGGUGCUGAUUUGUUCCACCGGCCAAUUUCUGACCUGUUGAUUUGUAGAGCACGUUGGGAUUUUCUAUCCGGUUGGAGUUCAUUGUAAUUUCCUUUGGCUUCUGACUGCCGACAAGUGACGAAGGAGAAACUCUCUGCGGGGGUUUUGAAAUAUCAAUGCCCAGGCCAUUGUUAAAGGAGAAAUUCUACCACUGAGAAAUUCUCACCCACGGACAGGCAGGCAGAAGAACAGGCAGCCUGGACACUAUGGAGAAUCCAUCCCUGGAGCCCAGAUCAGAGCGCAUUGCCCGCUACAAAGCAGAGAGGAGGCGGGAGCUCCAAGAACGCCACGGAAACAUGGAAGAGCUCCCACCAAAGUGGGUAAGAAGGGACGGGACAGCCCUGAGCUCUGGUAGCGGUCCUGACUGCUCAGACAGGCACCUCUCAGGGGGUGUGAACGGCAGAGCCAGGGAGACAGAGGAGGGCGGGCGGGAGAGCAUCCCCUCUCAGGAGACAGAACCCCGAAGAGACUCCAAUGGUGUAGAGACCGGCAGUCCUGCAGACCCAGUAUGCCUCAGAAGGCAGUGUUCCUCUGGCUCUGCAGGCAUGUUGGCUGCGGGGAGGCCCUCCCCCUCCCCGGGUCCCCCUGGACCCGACACUCCCCAGCUCCACACGCGGGUGUCGGUGGGCCGGUUGCGGAGUGUCCUGCUGCAGCCGACUGACACCCAGCCUGAAGAAGAUAGCCCUGACACUGGCUGUGCCGCCUCGUGUCUUGACCUGGCCGCGAACCCGGGCUCGGAGGGGGGGCGCCGUCGCACCCGUCGCUACCUCCCCGGGGUGUCGGGCGUCGGCGGGCGCAAAACCAACGAGCGCUUCAGGACUCAGCCGAUCACGGCCUUGGAGGUGCAGGAGAGCGGCGGGCUGCCGGAGGAGAAGGAGGAGGACGAGGAGCGAGCUAAAGCUGACGUGAAGACGGAUGACAGAGCCAAGAUGAGCGUGGCGGCCAAGAUGUCUCUGUUUAAAGAGCUAGAGAAGACAGCGGCUCCUGAAGCCAGUUCCUUCCUCAAGCCUCGCUCCGGCAGUGUCACUUAUGAACGCAGAGCACGCCGAGGGAACGAGCACCGUUCUCUCACUCAGCCAAUCACCUGUGAGGAGAUGGUGGUGGCUACCAGCACCCCCCAGCCGGUGGUGGCGGGCGAGGCCCAGGCCGCGCAGGCCGAGGUGGUGGAGGUGGCGGACGAUGACGAGAACAGUAAACUGAGCGUGAGUGAGAAGCUGGCCCUGUUCACCAAGCUGUCGUUGCCAGGCCGAGCCGGGGGCGGCGCCACCGAGGCCCCUCCGGAGAGACGCGGCAGGCAGAAGGGGACACGCUACCGUACGCAGCCCAUCACGGUGGACGAGGUCGGCCUGCUCCAGAAAGGUCCCAUCCAGCUGCCCGCGCUGCGCCUGUCCCCCACCCUCGUCACCCGGCAGCAGGAGCUGUCCGUCAAUGUGAGGCCCAGCGAGGUGUACCAGAGCCUGCCCCGGGACGGACGGGAGCCCCCCCUGGGUCACGACGCGUGCCAACGGGGCAGAGAGAUCAGAGGCAUUCUGAGGAAGAGCGAGCACGGAGUUCGCGACGCCAACCUGGACGACUCGGGCGAGGACAGACGGCGGGAGCGGAACAGGGGAGUAAGGGAGAGGAGGAACGGGCUGGAUGAGAGGAGGGCAGAGAGACAUAACCAGGUACCGGCGCCUCGUAGAGAGAGACCAGCCUCUUCUGCUCCAUGGAGACAGAGGAACAGGGACAGGCGGGAGACGGUGGCAGUGUGUGCCCCAACCAGGCCCUCCUCAGAGCAGGGUCAACCCCAGGAUGAGAGGCCUUCCAUGUCCAACCUUAGAGAGCAGGCUGACCCCUCUGUGGAGAACCACAGGGGGGAGGAAGAGGAGACGAUGAGGAGAGAUGUGCCUCCCGGACAGAAUGUCCAGGUGACCCUGGCGGAAAUGAGCAGGAAGGCAGACAGAGAGAUCCCCCAUGAUGCACCUGUGCCCCCCCAGUGUUGGGGACCAGUGUUUUCCUCUGUCUAUUCUAAUAGCGCAGCUCAAUAUGUUAUGUGUUACAACCAGACCAGCUCUUCCUUUGAGGCCCAGGAGGUCUCCUCUCCCACCCAGACCCCCUCUCAGCCCCAAUGGAGACAGAAGACCAGUCCUGUUCACGCUGAGGAACAGCAGCCACAGGUGUUGGUGGAGGAGGGCAGAAGAAUCCAGCAGGAGAGCGAGGAGCAGUGGAGGACCACGGGCGGAGGGCCAGUCGACGACACGGCCCAGUCCACAGUGUCUGGGUACAUGGCUGUAAGAGAUAUCUCCAACAACCCUGGAAUGGAGGUGGAGGAUGACCGGAAGAAGCAGGACGAAGUGGACUCCUCCGUGGACACGCUCAGAGCCGUCCCCCAGGACCCCACUCUGGAGAUGACCUCAGAGGGAGUGAUGGAAGAAAUGACCCCGGUUGACCAGGAAGGGACGUGUGGACGUUUAUACAGAGAGGUGUCACCCCCCUCAGCGUCUGCCCUCCACACUCCCCUGGAGCAGGACCUGAGCACCCUCUGCCAGGCCAACACACCCAUGCUGACAUCAGAGGUAGCACAGCACAGGCGGUCAGUGCGGCCGUCCCGCAGGACUCAGGGCUCCCGGAACCCGCUUCGCGCUCUCGCGGCCCGCAGUGACAUCACACAGGACCUCAUGGGAGAGAGGGUCACCUUGGCUACCGUGGAAACCAACAGGACACAAGUGGAGAAGAUGGCCAAGAAUUCCAACAUGGCUGCCUCAGAGGAUCAGGCCAGUACAGAGGGCUUCAGUAAGGUCAUCCUAAGUGAUGAUGUCAGUUCCACAGUUGCAGUUACGAACCACAAUGUGCCUCUCAGCUACCCCAUGCUCAUUCACGUCAAAGGUCGACAUCACGUUCAGGUGCGUCUGGUGGAGCCUGCAGCCAGGUCUCUGAACAGUGGAGACUGCUUCCUGCUUGUCACGCCCACUCGCUGCUUCCUGUGGAGCGGACAGUUUGCCAACGACAAAGAGAAAGCCAAGGCCUCGGCGCUGGCGUCCUCCAUCCAGUCACAGCAGGACCUGGGCUGCCAGACCUGUGAGGUAACACACCUGGAGGAGGGGAUCCACGCUGACAACAGCCUGGCCUCAGACUUCUGGAACCUUCUGGGAGGAAAGAUUCAGUAUGGAGGAGCCUCAGAUGAUGAUGAGCUAUAUGAGAGCGGAGUGGUGGAGUCUAACUGUGUCUACAGGCUGGUGGACAACCGACUGGUGCCCCAUGAGCAGGCCUGGGCAGCUGCCCUCACCGUCUCCCUCCUGGCCCCCACCGAGGCCCUGGUGUUUGACUUUGGCGGGGAGGUGUACCUGUGGCACGGGCGGGGUGUUGCCCCUGACGAAAGAGGCGUGGCUAUUCAGCUGGCCCGGCAGGUUUGGGGUGGUCCCUAUGACUACAGAAACUGUAGGAUCAAUCCCCUGGACCCCACUCGCUGCAACCCCAACACACAGAUGCAGGGUGAAGGAAGGCCUGGCUGGGCCCUGUUUGGCCUGGUCUCUGAGAACAACGAGACUGCCCUCUUUAGGGAGAAGUUUCUGGACUGGCCUGGAUCUGAAGAGGAGGUAGCUGAGGCGGGGGUGGGCUUGGAGGAGGAAGCUGUGACGAUGGGGGUGGAGGUGGUGGAGACGACAGCACAGACCACCCAGACGCCUGAGUCAGACUGUGUGUCACUGUGUGCCUGUGAUGCCAAGGCACUCGUGGCAGGGCAGAGAGUGGCAGUGCCAGGAGAACCGGUGGUCCCCACAGUCCUGGAGGGGGUGGACGUCCAGCGGGGUCACGGCGUCAUUCAUCUGGAAGACGGGCGCCAGGCGAUGCUGAACACAGUCACCGUGGAUACCUGGCACAUCCAAACGUUGGACGACAGCAAGGUCCGGCUGGAGAGUCUGGGGCAGCUGCAUGAGGCCGACACAUACCUGGUCCGCUGGACAUACACCCUCAGCCCUGCAGGCCGCACUGGGGAGCCUGGGAGGGAAUGCACUGCCUGCUUCAUAUGGCAGGGACGGGACUCCCGGAUCAGUGGGCGAGCCACAUCGGACCUCAGUUCCCAUGAGGAGGCUCAGGUGAUCAUACGUGAGGGGGAGGAGCCUCCGUGUUUCCUUCAGCUCUUCCAGGGAGGUCUGAUCGUCCACAGAGGCAGCCGAGCGGACAGCUCCACCCACGCCGGAGGGUGGCGUCUGUUCUGCGUGCGCGGGGAGCUGCCGGAGGAGGCCAGCCUGUUGGAGGUAGGCUGCGACUGUGGCAGCCUGCGAUCCAGAGGCUCCCUCAUACUGCUCCACGGCCAACAGGGGGAGCUCUAUCUGUGGAACGGCUGCAAGGUUCAAGCCAGUUCCCGGGGUGCGGGGAAGAGGGCAGCCGAGAGACUCACUCAAAUGUGUCCUCCUGAACUGGGUCUCAGCAGAGAUCGUCCUGUGAAGAGUCAGGAGGUGGAAGAAGGGGUGGAGCCAGUGGAGUUCUGGAAUGCUAUUGGUCAUCAGGACAGAAAGGCCUAUGACUGCAUGUUACAAGAUCCAGGGAAAUAUAACUUCACGCCACGCCUUUUCCAUCUGAGCGCCCGUUCUGGAACUUUCCAGGGGGAGGAGCUGCUGAGCCCCACACGGUUGCCAGGGGUUGUCAUGGCGAUGCCAUUUGCUCAGGAGACCCUGUACUCCGUGCCACAGCCAGCCCUCUUCCUGUUAGAUAACCGUAUGGAGGUGUACCUGUGGCAGGCAGGUGAGCCUGAGGAUAGGGAGACCUCGGGUUCAGCCAGUAUCCGCUGGGCCAACGAGAGAAGGUGUGCCAUGCAGACAGUGCUCCAGUACUGCAAAGAGAGGAACCCGAGGCGCCCUCCCCUGGCCUACCUCAUCCAGGAUGGAGCAGAACCCCUCACCUUCACCAAUGUGUUCCCACGCUGGGAGAAGAGACCCAGUCCGGAGGGGGAGCUAGGCGGGCGGGUCAAGCUGACCUUGGUGCAGGACGCCCUGGCCCAGAUCAAUAAGACCCAGUACCCCCUGGAGGAGCUUCUGCGGACCCCCCUGCCGGAGGGUGUGGACCCCCAGCGCCUGGAGGUCUACCUAUCCGACCACGACUUCCAGAAUAUUCUGGAUAUGAAAAGGGAUGAAUAUGACUCCCUUCCAAACUGGAAACAAGUCAGCCUGAAAAAAAGCAAGGGACUUUAUUAACAACCUAAGCAACCAAGAAGAGAUCAUAUUCUAUUCAUGUCAACUUAUCCCAAUGACAAAAAUGUUUUUGUAUUUUCUAUUUUUAAGAAAACAACAUCUUCUUGUCAAGUGA